AUGUCUUCUUUUGUUGAUCAGCUUCUCGCUAAGCAUCACUCAGUUUACACCGAAUCCAUCACCCACCCAUUAACCAACGAAUUAUGCCAGGGUACUUUACCGGACUAUAAACUAUUCACGUAUUUGACUCAGGACUUGAAAUUUUUCCAAGUUGGUCUCAACCUCUUCGGUAAGACGUUGGCGUUAUGCGACGAUGCAAAAGCUGCAAUUACUUUAGGUAAGCAGAUUGGGUUUGUUUCCAAUGACGAAAAUGACUAUUUUUUCAAAUGCUUGGAUCAAUUGAAAUCAGAGAAUUUGGUUGAACUAAAACUGAAGGUUCCCCAAAUGCUACAAGAAGAUCCCAUCACUUUACCCCAGGUGCAGUCGUACAUUGAUUUAUUGAACUAUUUGGUCUUCGAAUGUAACUCUUACGUUGAAGUAAUAACUUUCAUGUAUGUCAUGGAAGAAGUAUAUCUAGGAUGGGCAAACUACCACUUGGAGAAAGGAACCAUUCCUAAAGACUUGGCUUAUAAGUACAACGAGUGGAUCAUCUUACACAGUGGUGAAGCUUUCACUGGCUGGGUACAAUUUUUGAAAAACGAAGUAAAUAGAGUAGUUACCACUGAAGAUGCAAAGAAAAAAAGUGAACAAAUCUUUCUACAAACCCUAACUCUAGAAAUUGACUUCUUCGGUGCUUGCUACGAUUACUCUGAAGACCCCCAGUAA